AUGUCCUCGAAUCGGAACAGCAGUGACUACAUAGGGGAGUCUUUUGACGAUGCCCCCGAAGUACGAGAACACCUGAACGUUUCUAUCCCCCAAUCCUCCUCCACUCGCUCCCUGACCGGUAGCCCUCCUGUCGGCACGGGGACUUCCCCCGACGCUACGGAGAAGCCUCCUUUCCCUUCUGAAUCGCAGGACGAACAGAAGGACGAGGGGCUCGAGUCAGGAGAAACGACGGGAAAGAAGAAAAACAAGAAGAAGAAUAAGAAAAAGGCCAACAAAGAUGCGGAGGACGGUCAAGGGGAAGCAGGAGACGAGUCGAGCGAGCAACCUACCGACGACGUGAACCUCGAGACCGCCGACGCCGCCAAGGAUGAAGAAAAGCCGGAGCAACACACAGAGCAGCCUACGGAGGAAGACGACGAAGGAGAAGAUACUAUUAUUGGGAGCCCCCAGCCGAACAAGUCGCCCUUACUUACGUCCCACCGCCUCUCGACCGCAUCCUCCCUCGACGAAGUGAACCUGACCAACAGCAAGGAGGAUGGGCCGAUGAAGGCUGCAAACAAAUUGGAGCCGCCUCCAUUGCCCCCCAAGGACGAGCCGGCAUCCUCCCCAAGCGGAGCCUUGAAGGGAUUGUCGGGAAGUUUGCCAUCCUUGCCCUGGGGUGCGCCUCCGCAAAAUAAGAACCCUCCUCCCGCCGCACCGCCGCCACCGACGCGAAAGCCCAGCGGCCCCUUUGCAUGGUUCUCCCGGAGUUCAACAGGAACCAAGGAGGUCAAGUCCCCCCAACAGUCUGGAUAUAGCCGCCGAGACACCGGCAACUCCGUGUCCACCAUUGCUAGUCACUUGGACCUGGCUGCUCGAUCUGAAGAAGGGGACGCCGCCAGCCUCAAUUCGAGAAGACCGAGACGCAACAGUUUGAAAGAUCAAUUCAAGCUGUUGCGGAUGCGGGAGGAGCAUAUUGGUGCCGAGAACGAUCAGUCGAGCAUCCGAUCUGGCCGUGCCAGCAUCAGUCAGUCCGGCGCCAGCCCCCCCAUCAUCCACGAAGAGAGCGAGGAUGGUAUUCUUGCUGCUCCUGUGGCGCCCGCCUCUGGAGCAACCUCCCCCGCAACUGCCACUGCGCCAUUGACAAUCAACCCUACCCUUGCCCCGGGCACCGUGUCCGGGUUUUCUAGAUCAGCAUCCGAUGCCUCUACACCCGUGGAUUGGGAUAUGUGGCAGCAACUCGUGAACGACGGGCCUCAAGCCUUGGCGAACUCGGAGGAUCUGAAUGCCGCUAUUAAGAGAGGCAUUCCACAGACUAUUCGUGGAGUUAUUUGGCAAAUUCUGGCAGAAGGCCAGACCGGCGAAUUAGAGGAUAUUUACCGGGAACUUGUCGCCCGCGGGACCGAUAAAGAUCGUCGGCCGUCAAAUGCCCAGGCCAAUGGCACGCCCGAGAAAGAAUCGGUCUCCUCGUCUCGCUCGUCCAUUCGGUCCGAUAAUUCGGGCUCCGGAACGCAGUCGACGAGCGUUGCUCCUAGUCCUUCCCUGGAGACGGAUCCUGAGAGGCUGACCAGGGAUCAGGCUGCUAGUGAAAAUGCUCGACUGAAGCAGGCUAAAGAUGAGGCGAUUGCUCUGCAGAAGCUGGAGAAGACCAUUCGACGUGACCUGGGUGCUCGCACGAGCUAUUCGAAGUACUUUAUCUCCCAAGGAAGCCAGGAGAGUCUGUACGGACUGUGCAAGGCAUACGCCUUGUACGAUGACGCUGUUGGUUAUGCACAGGGUAUGAACUUUAUCGUCAUGCCUUUGUUAUUCAACAUGGAUGAAGUGGAAGCCUUCGAGCUUCUCGUUAAGUUGAUGAACAAAUAUGGGCUUCGGGAGUUGUUCAUCCAGGACAUGCCCGGCCUUCACCGCGCACUCUACCAGUUCGAGCGUCUCCUGGAAGACCUCGAGCCCGCCCUGUACUGCCACCUCCGCCGGCGCGGCGUUCCUCCCCAAUUAUACGCUACCCAGUGGUUCUUGACCCUGUUCGCCUACCGCUUCCCGCUGCAGCUUGUCCUGCGCAUUUACGACCUGAUCUUCGAGGAAGGCCUUGAAAGCACGAUUCUCAAGUUUGGCAUUGCAAUCAUGCGACGCAAUGUCGAUGCGCUGCUAGAAAUGAAGGAUAUGAGCUCGCUCACGACCUUCCUGAAGGAGCGGCUAUUUGAUGCCUACAUCGACAAGCAGCCCUCAGCCUCGUCGAUCUUGGAGUCUGGCUUCUUUGGAAGCUCUGGCGCCGCUGACAAGGAGAUUUACCGCGCCGAUAUCCUCGUGCAGGAUGCUUGCGCUGUGCCCCUUACCCAGGACAUGAUCAAGACAUACACUGCUGAAUGGGAGGAGAAAACCCGCACAGAGAAGGAGCAAGAGGCAGAGCUGGAGCACCUUCGACACACCGUAACUACGCAGGCUUCCCGUGUGCGUCUGCUCGAAGAGCGUGCCGAAGCAUCCGAUAAGGAACACGUCCAGUUGGCGUCGGAAUUGGUGCACGUCAAGGUGGAGAACGAGGAACUGCGUGAUCUCAACGAUGCCUUGAAGCUGCAGGUCUCCGAGCUGAAGGUUAUCGUCGACAAACAGCCCGGCGAGGUGGAGGAGAAGCUUCGGACGGAGAUGGACCGUAUCAUGAAGCGGAACAUCGAGGUACAGAACGAGAACCGCGCGAUCGAGGACAACAUGGCCGAGAUGGAGAAGGAGCUGGUUGCCACGAAGAUGAAGUGGGCCGAGGUGUCCGAAAACCACGAAACCCUCCGCCAAAAAUGGAGUGACCUCCGCCGGGCCCUCGACUAA